AUGUAUUCAAGAUCGUUGCUCUUGGUGCUUUACAAGUUUCGCGGUGCUGUCCACACGGCGUGGACCCUUAUCUCACUGCCCCUUUACUGGCCAAAUGGCUCAUCUGAGUUCAUUAUAUCUCAAGAGUCCGAUGGCUUCGACGUCACAUUCGCCAAUUAUAGCAGUUUCCAAACGACAGCCGGCAAGGGCGUCAUCGACAACGUGCCUGCCAUUCUUCACCACAUAAUGCUGGGAUCUCGUGCGCCGGAAUCGACAUGGAACACUGCCAGACAGAGUUGUCUUGACUGGCAUCCGGGCUUCGACUAUCACCUCUGGACAGACGAGAACGCUGCGACAUUCGUUGCCGAGAAGUUUCCCGACUUGAAGGCAAUGUGGGAUGCUUAUCGGCUCCCUAUUCAACGGGUGGAUGCGCUGAGGUAUAUGAUACUGCACGAGUACGGUGGGAUCAUUUUAGACAUGGAUCUCCAGUGUAGGAGGUCUCUCGGACCAUUGAGGCAGUUCAAGUUUGUCGCGCCAGCGGCUCAUCCUACCGGAUUCUCUGUCAGCUUUCUGAUGGCGAGUAGAGCCAACGAAUUUGUUGGAAAUAUUCUUCAAAAUCUGAAGACAUAUGACAGAAAUUGGUUCUACCUCCCCUAUGUCACCGUCAUGUUUAGCACGGGUGGCCACUUUGCAUCUGCUCUCCAUGCUCGGCUGCCCAAUAGAGCAGAGAGCAAAAUUCUGUCCGGCCCUCUGAGCAAUCCCAAACUGCAUAGCUUGAAUGGUCAGGCUGUAACGCCAAUCUUCAACCACCUCGGCAGCUCGUCGUGGCAUUCAUUCGACGGCUGGUUUCUUAUGCUAUUAGGCAGGCAUAUAAAAUUGGCAUGCAUCUUGGGCGGAAUUAGUGUCUCUGUGUUCACGGACAUCGACAACCUUUGGGACAGAUGCAGAUGA